AUAUAUAUAUAGAGAGAGUGAGAGAGACAGAAGAAGAAAAGGAGGAGAAAGGUUUCUGCCUGAAGCUGCCAAAGAGGAAGUUUUUGGACAGACAGAGAGAGAGGGAGGGAGAGAGGGAGGGAGUAAAGGAGAGGAAAGAAACAGAGAGAGAGAGAGAGGGAGAGAAAGAAAGAGACUCUCUUUCGCGGAUGUGCUCUGGCAAUCUCCGGGAUGAGUAAGAACAGCCUUUGCUGUGGCGAACGAUUGGAAAUGAAAGCGAUUUGUUUUCUCCUGGUUUUGCUGGUGAAGGUUUGCAGUCAAGACCAGCUGAACGGGGAGAUCAAUGCUGUGAGUGGCAAAGGCAUGGGGAUGGAGACGGGGCUGGAGACGGAGAUUGGACCUACGGUUGCCACGACGACCAGCGACCUGGAGGCCCGCUCUGUCAGCACGGCGCCCGCCCUGAGCAUCAACAACCACCACCUGCUGCUGGAAGAGAUCCUUCACGAGUCCCUGCUGAAGAAGGAUUACCUCGGGCAGGAGGGCUACUUCGCCGGAAGCCUGGGAGCCAACGUGGCGCCGACGGGGCCCGUCUCCGAUUCCCGUGAUCCUUCGGUGACCCAGGUGGUCACCGAGGACCCGCCAUUUUUCCCCGAGGUGGCCACAACGACCACGGUGGCUCCCACCACCACCACGCUGGUUUCCAUGGUGACGGACGCCAUUCCCUUGGCCGAUUUCGAGGGAGCGGCGCACACCGGAGCCGCGAGAUUGCCCGUCACCACCGACUCCCUGACCACGGCCGGCGGGUCGCAGGCCCCCGAGACCGCCUUCCACAACAGCAACACCGCCUUGGCCCGCACCGAGCCUGGCACCAAGCUCCCGGUCACCAAGACUGGCACCCGCGGCAACCCCGACCCGCAGGUGGCCACCACCGCCCUGGCUGACCACGCCCCCACCCCCGGCGCCACCGUAACGACGGCCGGCACGGCGGGAAUGCUGCAAAUGCAGGGGCCUGGCACGGGCCGCGCUGACACGUCGCCCCCGGAAACGACGAUGGCGGCGGCGUUUGCCGUUGAAGCCGACGAGGAGACCACCACCACCACCAUCAUCACCACCACCAUCAUCACCACCGUGCAGACUCCAGUCCCUUGCAGUUUAAAUUUCACGGACCAGGAGGGUCACAUUGAGUCGCCAGAAUACCCCAGUCACCUGCUCUACACCAAUCUGGAUUGUACCUACAGCAUCAUCGUCUACACAGGCUACGGAGUGGAGCUUCAGGUCAAAAACAUCAGCCUGUCGGAAGGCGAGAUGCUGACCAUCGAAGGGCUGGACGGAGACGAGACGGUGGUUCUUGCCAACGAGUCCAUCUUGAUGAAGGGCCAGGUGAUUCGCAGCCCAAGCAACCAGGUCUCCAUUCACUUCCAGAGCUUCCAGCUCGGCAACCCAGGCUCCUUCCAAUUCCGUUACCAAGCUUAUCUGCUGAGCUGCGGAUUUCCGCACAAACCCUCUCUGGGCGAUGUGUCCGUCACCAGCCUGCACCCUGGGGGAGAAGCACGUUUCUACUGUAACUUGGGAUACCAGCUGCAAGGUCCGGCCUCGCUCACCUGCAUCAACGGCAGCAAACCCCAGUGGAGUGACCAGGAACCUCAGUGCAUCGGUAAGUGUGGGGGGGUGAUCAGAAACGCCACGGGGGGCCGCAUCAUCUCGCCCAACUUCCCGGGAAACUACAGCAACAACUUGACCUGCCACUGGCUGCUCCAGGCUCCGGAGGGACAGAGGCUGCAUCUGCACUUCGAGAAGGUGGCCCUGGCUGAGGACGACGACAGGCUGAUUAUCAGGAACGGGAACAGCAUUGACUCUCCGCCGGUUUAUGACUCCUUCGAGGUGGAAUAUCUGCCCAUCGAGGGCCUGGUCAGCAGUUUCCGACAUUUCUUCAUCGAGCUGAGCACGGACGGCUCGGUAACCUCCACUGGACUCGCUCUGAGAUACGAAGCUUUCAAGCCGGGUCACUGCUACGAGCCGUUCAUUAAGUACGGAAAUUUCACCACGAGCGACGCGGCUUACCCCGCGGGAACGGUGGCGGAGUUCUCCUGCGACCCUGGCUACACUCUGGAGCAAGGCUCGGUGAUCAUCGAAUGCCUGGAUAGCCGCGAGCCCCAGUGGAAUGAGACGGAGCCAGCCUGCAGAGCCGUCUGCAGUGGGGAGAUCACAGACUCGGGAGGUGUGGUUCUGUCUCCCAACUGGCCGGAAGCUUUCGACAAAGGUCAGGACUGCAUCUGGGGGAUUCAUGUCGAGGAGGACAAGAGGAUCAUGUUAGACGUGGAGGUGAUGAACAUGGGGGAGAAUGACGUGCUGACCAUUUACGAUGGGGAUGACCUGACGGCCAGUAUUCUGGGUCAGUAUUCGGGCAUUCGCCGCCCUUUCAAGCUCUACACUUCCAUGGCCGACGUCACCAUGCAGUUCCAGUCUGACCCGGCCACCACCGUCUUUGGCUAUCAACAGGGCUUUGUGGUUCGUUUCUACGAGGUGCUGAGGAACGACACGUGCCCAGAAUUGCCGGAGAUUCUCAAUGGCUGGAAGACGACUUCACACCCGGAAUUAAUCCACGGCACCGUGGUGACUUACCAGUGCUAUCCUGGCUACGAUUUGGUGGGCGCCGAUAUUCUCAUGUGCCAGUGGGAUUUGUCAUGGAGCGGAGACACCCCAGCGUGUGAGAAGAUUAUUUUCUGCAGCGACCCUGGGGACCUGGAUCACAGCCGCAGGAUCAUUUCGGACGCCAAGUUCUCCAUCGGCUCCACCGUCCAGUACAUCUGUGACAAGGGCUACGCUUUGACCGGCAGCAACAUCCUCACCUGUUACAACAGACAGUCUGGGAACCCCAAGUGGAGCGACAGGAUCCCAAAGUGUAUCCCCGAGGUCUUCGAGCCUUGCCACAACCCGGGCGCCCCUGAUAACGGUUACCAGGCAACGGAGAAGAGGUUCUACCAAGCGGGCGAGACCCUGAGGUUUGCCUGCUACGAGGGCUACCAUCUGACGGGAGAUGUUUCCCUCAGGUGCAUCCCGGGACACCCUUCACAGUGGAGCAGUUCACCUCCAUCCUGCAAAGUCGCUUACGACCAGUACUUCAACGAACGCAGGCUUGAAGUGGCUAAGGCUGCAGCCACAGUGAACCAGAUGGAAGGAAGCAACCUGGCCAUCGUCAUCUUCGUCCCCGUGAUCAUCGUCGCUCUGCUGAUCGGUGGCAUCUACGUCUACUUCACAAAGUUCCAGAGCAAGUCGACCCUCAGGUUGCCGCUGGCCACCUCACACCCGUACGACCACAUCACGGUGGAGUCAGCCUUCGACAACCCCAUAUACGAGACUGGAGCUCUGAGACAAACCUGCCACCAUUUUCUGCAACGGGCAAGCAGCAAUCCAUCCGGAGCGGAGCAGCUAGCGGAGGUGCUGGUUAAUGAUGAUCUAUUGUCGAGAUUUGUUCGUCGUCAGGGUUCAUCGAUGUUCUUCCAGGACUCCUGA